UUUUGUAAGCCAUCCUGUUCAUCCUGUUGCUCUUCACACUUUGGCUAUUGGGAGUGGGGUGGGAGUUCAGAGCUGUGUCCAACUUUUGUAAUUUUCCUUAGCCUCAGCCAUGUUAUAAACUAUAUCAGAUAGUUUGGAAUUUCUCUCAGUUGUUUCCUGGACUAUUUCUUUGUUGCUCUCAAUUUAGUUUCUACCUUUUCCCUUUCAUUUGAGAUUAGGGAUUAUAGCUUACUCUUCUUAUCACCAGUGUUUUAACACAAUGUUUGCUAAAUUAGCAAUUGUCUUGAUUUAUGAUGUUUGUGUUUUGAAGUCUGUCAGAUUGUUUUUAGAAAUAUGUAUGAAUACUUUGCAUAAAAUCAAUUAAGAUUUUGGGCCAUGCAAAUAAAGGUGACUGACCUAGUGAUGAAGGUAAUUCCCUAUUACUCAAAGUCUUUGUUUUAAGAUCACUGUACUCUGCAGGUAUUAUGAAUUCAGCCAUAAUAAUGGAAGAAAACAUUGGAAAUGGUAAACAAUUCAAUUAGCUGAUUGGGGCUGAUUUCACUCCGUUCUUGCUGCAGUAAGCAGGAGGUGGCCCCAGGCCAACGGGGGGCCAGAUAGGGCCUGCAUUAGAAAAUUUUGAGGCCCUGCAGUGAAAGAGCAGGGAUGAAGACUGAUGGAACGUGCAGUUCUGUUUUUUUGUUUUUUGUUUUUUUUUUUUUUAAAGAUGUUACAACCCCACCAAAUACAGAUCUAAGUGAUAAAAUGUUUCUGACCUAGUAUAGUAGAUUAAUUGGGGCAGUUCUUGAAAGCAGGCAAUAAUCCAGAAUGUGGAUAAUGGGGAUAAUCUUCUUCACAUAACAAGAAUAAUGCUGCCCUUCAUAUACAAAGAUAAGUCUGCUUACUCAUCGUGAUUGAUUUUCCAGCAUGAGGAGGGAUAUUUGCUGAGUUGUCCAUGAGUCUCUGUAUUCUGACCAACAAGGCAGCUUGGGGUCAGAAUGGGGGCUUGUAGCUAGGAAACAAAGACAAACAGGAGGGACUAACAUCUAUUGAUGGAUCAAGUACUACAUUAAUUGUUUUCACUUAAUUAUCCUUGCAAAACCACUUUGAAGAGGUGGUAACAUGUAUAGGGUGGUUAGGUAACUUGUCCUACUUCAUGGAGUACAUGAUGGAGCUGGAAUUCAAACAGGGCUAUUUGUACUAUGUUCACACCAACCAUUGAAACUUGGUUUUUUCUUGGUUUGCAGUUCAGUCUUCCAAGCAGAAUAAACUAGAUUUAGUUGGUUUAGCAUCAUGAAAUGAUACUGUGAAGAUCUACUUCACUAAAGGCUGAAGGAAGACUGUUCAAGUUCCUUCCUUUAUUGCCAUUAAAAAAUACAAUUUUUUAACUAGAAUAAUAUGUGAAAAACAACUGUCCCCUGUCCUAGCCUCUGUACUAUUAGAGGCUAUCUUUUUUUUUUUUUAAGCUGUUUACUCUCAUUUAUUAAUAAGUUGUUUCUAUUGCUUUUUCAUGAUAUAGCAAUUUCAGGCAUUACCUAUGGACUUUCUUACACACACACACACACACACACACACACACACACAGCCUCUCCCUCCCAGUCUCUCAGUAUAAUUAUCAUAGUCCUUUAUUAAGUCAAUAUUCAGAGUGUUUACAAUAACUAUGUAAAUAUUCACAACCGAACCAUGUACUAUUAUGAUGUCAUUUCUUCUGUUAACCUAUUUGUGUUUUUCCAGGAGUUAAUACUUUUUUUUCUCUCUUUAUUUCCUGAAAUAGUUGUCUUAGAACUCUGUCUCUUUAAUGCAAUCUGGACUGGUUACUUUCUAGGCCUACUUGCCACCUGUUAUCCUGGAACUUAUCUUUACAUCACUCUUAAAAUUCUCUUUGCCUCUCUCCUGUUUUGGGUCUCGUGUUUCUCCUAUUUUUUUUAGCCUCCUGAGAAAGAGUACCUGGGAAGUAAAAACUUUCUGAGAUUGUGCAUAAUUGAAAUAGAUCUCUAGUCUAUCUUAACAUUUCAUCAGUAAUUUGGCUGGGUAUAAAAUUGUAGGCUUAAAAAAUUUGAAAGUCAUAGCUUGUUGUUUUCUUGUGUUCCAUUGCUGCUGUUGAAGUCCAAAACCAUUCUGAAUCUUCUUUGUUUGUAUGUGAUCUUCCCAUGAACAAACUGAGCCACCCAGGCACCCCAGAAUAUUAUUUUUAACCCCUGAAAUUCCAUGAUAAUAUGCCUAAAUAAGUUGUUUUGUUUUAAUUUUUUUUUAACGAUUAUUUAUUUUUGAGACAGAGAGAGACAGAGCAUGAACGGGGGAGGGGCAGAGAGAGAGGGAGACACAGAAUCAGAAGCAGGCUCCAGGCUCUGAGCCAUCAGCCCAGAGCCUGAUGCGGGGUGAGAUCGUGACCUGAGCCACCCAGGCACCCCAUUGUUUUUUUAAUUUAAGGGCACUUCAUGAAAGCUUAUAAGCAAGAAUGCUUCAUGUCAUUUAGUUCUGGAAAAUUUUUUAAAAUUAUUUUCUGGACUUUAGGUAAAAAUAGUUUUCAAGUUAAUUAUGCUUCCCAGUUCUUGACACACUAUCAGCAAACCAUACAAGAUCCUUUAAGUUUUUCUUUGAUUUCUGAGCCCUACUUCCCCAUUACCGUUUUCAGUAGGCAUUCACUGCAUUGUGAUUGAUAUAUUCCUUGAUUAUAUAUGAAUCAUUGAAUAAUUGUGAAAUAUGUAGUGGUGUGUGUGUACGUAUUUAGUUUAUUAUGUUAUAGACCUUGUCCUGUUUCUUACUUUUUUAAAUUCAGCAUUGUUUUUAGAGACUUUUCUGUUUUGUUGUCUGUACAUAUAAUUGUGUGUGAUGUUAUUCCAUAAUACACAUCUGGCACAUUUUAUUUUUCUUUCCCACCUGAGUUGCCUUUCUGGCAUCACAAAUACACCAUGGUAAAUAUACUCUUGUACAUUAUUGUGGACCUGUGUGAGAAGUUCUCUGGGAUAUACACACAAGAGUGGGAUUCCUGGGUUAUAGAAUAGGAGAGCUAGUUUAUGUGCCUAGUAGAAGUAUAGGAGGGUUCUUGUUUGCCCACAUCUUUGUCAGUAUUGCUUUUAUUCAACUUUGUAAUAUUUGCCAGCAAUGGAUAUAAAAUGGCAUCUCACUAUUUCAGUUUACAUUCUCUGAUUACUAAUGAGUUUGAGCAUCUUUUGGAUCCGUUCAAGUUUUCCCUUUUGAAAAUUGUCUAUUUUGUCCUUUGUUUCUCUUUCCUUUGGGUUACUGUCUUUUUGGUUUGCAGAGGUUCCUUGUGGAGGUUAGAUUUGAAUGGUCUGUUCCUUUUAGGCUUGGAAAAUACCUUCUCUAAGCCUGUCAUCUUUCUUUAAUUUUGCCUAUAGUGUCUCUCAUUGAAUGGGUAUUCUAAAUUUGAUGCCUUGUUUCUUUGAUAAUCUCUUCCUCAUCAAUUUUUUUUGUUCUCUCUUGGAAUUUGUAUUUGGGUAUUGGAACUCUUAGGCUGUUCUUUUAAUUUUCUUUUCCUUCUUAUUUUCCGUUACUUAGUCUUUUUGUUCUGCUUCCUAAGAAAUUUCCUCAGUAUUAUCUUCCAACCUUUCUAUUGAGUUUUUAAUUUCUAUCCACAUUUUAAGUUUCUUAGAGCUCAUUCUUCCAGUAUCUUAAAUUUUUUUUUAAUGUUUAUUUAAUUUUGAGAGUGAGAGCACAAGCAGGGUAGAGGCAGAGAGAGAGAGGGACAGAGGACCCAAAGGGUCUCCAUACUGAUAGCAGAGAGCCUGAUGCAGGGCUCAAUCUCACAAACUGUGAGAUCAUGACCUGAGCCGAAGUUGGAUGCUUAACCGGUUGAGCCACCCAGGUGCUCCUGCUAUAGUAUCUUUAUAUUGAUUCACAGACACUAUAAUCCUUCUGAAGAUAAUAGUUUUUAAGUUUCCUCCCUCCCACUCCCAUUUGCUGUUUCUUUAAGUUCCUUUUUUUGUUUCUAUUGUUGUCUUUUCUGUAUAGAGGCUUUCCCCAGCCUUCAUCUUACAGGGUUUGCCCAUUCAUAUUUAAGAGUGAAGUGUCAAAAAUGGAAUUGAAAACUCUGUAGGUGUGGCAUGUUGAAGGUGGCCAUUUAUGGGAGGAGGGGACACUCGUAGGUCCUUUCUCGUGGUCUCAUCAGUUUCCCGGAUCCAGAAAGAGAACUUCCAGCCUCUUGCCUGGAGGAUAUAUAUACCUGGCUGCUAUGUUUUGAGAAUUCAUCUUAAAAAGUAGCUGGAGUUCUCACUGUUCAUUGUGUUCAUGUAAUCCUGUUUUCUGUAUGGCACCUGUACUUAGAGUCUCUUUAGUUUGGUUUCUGCAGAGCAAUCCUCUCAAGAACUGUAGGGUUGGGGAAGGGAUGGUUGCUGGCUCUAAACAGUGGGGGAGGAAAUCUGGUUGUGAUGACUGUAGAUUUUCAGCUAAUCUUCUAGGUUUUAGUCCCAUUCCUGUCUACCUUCAAAGAUGCCUGUGAAGCCUCCUGCUUGCGGGCAGUGUGAAUCAGCUUUUUUGGAGGUGUUUAGGCUUUAGAGUUCUCCACUUUGCUAAUAAAAUAUCAUUUGACUAUUUGUUUUACAGCUUCUAACAAGGUUUUGACAUCUCAUCUGUGAUUCUGUCAUUCCCGUGGUUCAUUCCUUUAAAAAAAUGUUAAUAAUUUUAGCAUCGAUUAAUCUACCAGAUUUACCAUUUUAUUUCUUUAUAUAAACUCUUUUUUUCUAUUUGAGUAUAGUUGACACACAAUAUUAUAUUAUUUCCUAAACUCUUUAUUUUCUGAUCUGUUCAUUCUUUCCACAACAUUUGAGGGACUGCUGUAUGCUCAGUGCUAUGCUUAGUAUACAUUUAAAAUUUUUUUAAUUUAAAAUUAAAUUUUAUUUACUUAUUUAUUUAUUUAAUGUUUAUUUAUUUUUGAGACAGAGAGAGACAGAGCAUUAAUGGGGGAGGGUCAGAGAGAGAGGGAGACACAGAAUCUGAAGCAGGCUCCAGGCUCUGAGCUGUCAGCACACAGUCUGAUGUGGGGCUUGAACUUGGGAAUGGCACGAUCAUGACCUGAGCCAAAGUCGGAGGCUUAACCAACUGAGCCACCCAGGUGCCCCUAAAUUUUAUUUAUUAUUAUUAUUUUUAAUGUUUAUUUUUGAGAGAGAGUGUGAGUGGGGGAGGGGCAGAGAGGGAGACACAGAAUCCAAAGCAGGCUCCAGGCUCUGAGCUGUCAGCACAGAGCCUGACACAGGGCUCAGACUUGUGAACUGUGAGAUCUUGACCUGAGCCAAAGUUGGAUGCUUAACUGACUGAGCCACCUGGCACCUCUAAAAUUACAUUUUAAUUUUUUUUUUUUUUAGCAUUUAUUCAUUUUUGAGAGACAAAGAGUGAGUGAGGAAGGGGCAGAGAGUGCGAGUGAGACACAGAAUCUGAACGAAGCAGGCUCCAGGCUCUAAGCUGUUAGCACACAGUCUGGUGUGGGGCUCAAACUUACAGACUGCGAGAUCAUGACCUGAGCUGAAGUGGGAUGCUUGACUGACUGAGCCACCCAGGGGCCCCAAAAAUUGAUUUUUAAAAAAAUUUCUGAGGGGCUACUGGGUGGCUCGGUUGGUGGAGCCUGCAACCCAAUCUCGGGGUUGUGGGAUUGAGUCCCAUGUUCAGUGUAGAGAUUAUACUUAAAAAUAAAAUCUUAAAAAAAAUUAUAAUUUCUGAUCUUUAGUUGUUAAUAUGUUUUGGGAAGAAAGGUACAUCCUAUAUGUGCUGCUUCUUAAUUUGAAAUGUGAAAACCCUCAUAAGUGCACAUGUGAUAGAUAUAUUACAGAACUAAUAAAUUCAGUAAUGAAUAUGAAUUGGAUUAAGGCAAGUUUGUAAAGUUUUUUUUUAACAUGAAGGAACUCUACACCAAUUUUUGGGAAAGAUUUAUCUAAAAAAAUCCAGCUACAAAUAAAUAAGGGAAGAGGUAGUUUUUCUUAAAGAUCUAAAGUAUUCGAUCAGAACUUUGAUGAAAUAACAGAACAUUGAGAUGAUAAAAUUCUAGCCAAAAGUAAAGAAAUUUCAGUGUUUUAGGUAGGCUAGGAAGCUUCACUGUAGUAAGUACAUGCUUUCAGCUCUAGUUUUUGAAAGUUUUUUUAUUGUAUAAAUAGUACAGUUGCUUACUGUAGAAAAUUUGGAAGAUAUAGAAAAAUAUUAAUUUGCUCUUAAAGUAUUUGUAUUCCACUUUAAAAAUAUAGAAAAUAAGUUGGGUUUUUGUUUCUCAGCAUCCAGAUUUUUCAUACGUUAUUGGCCAGAUUUUUCCCAUGUUAGUAUUGCUUUUCUCAUUUUUCAGAAUAUUAUUAUCAUUUCCAUAACCAAGCCCUCAGUUUGGAAGUUUUAGGUUUACAAUUUUUCAUUGUAACAAUCACAAUGCAGUGAACAGUCUUACACAUACUGCUAAUUUUAUUUCAUUUGGGUGUAUUCCAAAAGUAGAAUUACUGAAUCCUAUGGUAUGGAUUUCUAAAAAUCCUUAGUAAAUAUUUUCCUUUAAAUGUUUGGAUAUUGAGAAUGUCUUUGGUGAACAUUGCAAGUUGGGAAUCUGUAGAUACUGGAAGGUGAAGUCAGAAUUCAGGGUCAAAAGUUAUAGUCAACUUCUCAGUGGAAGAAAAUUUGAAGCUGGGACAUGAGAGAAAAUAGAGAUUUCUAUUUAGAUUAAUGGGGUUAGAGCUAGAAGAUGGAACCAGAGAUGAGCACCUAUGAAUUAUGUCUACAGCAUUGACUUUUCACAGUAGUGGCUUAGGGCUGUGUUUUCCAGGCUUUGCCCCCCCCCGAACACUAGAAUGUUGUCACUAAAAUAAAGGAACUCUUUGAAUCACUUUACAGGGAAAAAAAUGAGUAGAAUAUUUUCAAUUUUAUUUUUCUUCUCUAAUUUUUAUUAAAAUAUUUUAAAGGGGCCUGCUACCACUUGAUUAGAAGUUGGUAAGAAAGGAGUAGUAUUUACAAAUGAACUGAAAGGUUUUUUAUACUUAAUUCAUUUAUGCUUAAAUUUAUAAAUCCAUAACUUAUUUUGUAAUCAUAUUUUGUGGUUUUGGGUUUUUUUUUUAUAUUAAAAGCAUGUCAUGUUUUCUAAUUAAAUUAUGCUUAGUUUAUAUAAUUAACUAUAUUAGUAAUUUAUGGUGUUUCACAAAGAAUAUUGUGAAUGUUAAAUAUUUAGAGCUUUUAGUGUGUUGGGAUUUACUGACUGGGUGGAUUGACUCAGAACAGUAAAUAUAUAUCAUCUUGAAUAUAAUAAAAUAUAAAAAGAUGUACAGUCAGUAUGUUGGGUAGGCAUUGGUAUAGGAUGAAAAGAAUAUUGAGUGAAUCAAGGUCAAGGGAUCUUGUAGGACAAAGAAGUUCAAAUUUGAUCUGAGAUAUGCCAGAGACUCACUCUGGGUCCUUAAGCAUUGAGGUAAUACAGCGGAAAAGGUGUUGAGAUUAAUCAGAGAGCUGUGUGAAGGAUGAAUUGAAGAACAGCGGAGUCCCAAGGUUAAGGAAGGGUGGGUUAGAGUUUUUUCAGUUAUGUGGAUAUUAGGAUGACAAGGACCUGGACCAGACUGGUGGCAGUGAGAAUGGACAGGGGUAGAUAAAAUCAAACACUUGGGAUAGAAUAGUAAGGAAAAUUUGAUAAUUAACUAAAUGGACAUGAAGGAAAAGGUGGAAGAUUUCAUUUUGGAAGAGUAGAGUGCAUUCUGUUUUACCACCAGUUUUGCAUCUGGUUUUUAAUUUUGUUGCUUUCUUGGCUUUAUUUCCUUAGAAACCAUGGAAAACUAGGCACGAUGGCUUUAAUUUUUAAGGCUUCUGGUUCCUGAGAGAGUAUUUUGAAAAAUUAUUGACAGUAACUUAGGUUUUUUAAAUUAAUUGUGUAGGUGAUAAUACACUAAAAAUAAUUGCUUAGGGUUAGCAAAAUUGUUCAUACUAUUACUUUGUUGUUCCUUUUAUAAUCCUGUAUAGAUUUUGUUUCAUUUCUUUGUUAUCAAAGUUCCUUUCAAUCCAAUGUAAGCUUACGUUUCAACUGUAUUUUGCAUUGUUUUCCAGUAAAGCUUUUGCUUCACUAUAAUGUUUUUCAGUUGCAGAUGCAUAUCAGAAUUUACUUGGAAAUCUUUAAAGGAAAAAACUAAACACCAGAGACCUAGUAUGUGCUUCAGACUUAUUAAUCAAAUUCUUUGGAAGUACAGCUGAGGUGCCUGUUUUUCAAAAAGCUCUCCCACAUGGCAGAUAUAAUCCCCUCUUUUCUCCAUAAAGAGGGCGAACCAACCAAUCUCAGUUAUCAGUAGGGAUGUAGAAAUAUUUAAGAUUUUUUAUUUUAAUAUAUACUUUUUUUUUUUGAGUAGUUUUAGGUUCAUAACAAAAUUGAAUGGAAAGUAGAGUUCCCAUGUAUCCCACUACCUUCCCCACCAUCAACAUUCGCAUUAGAGUGGUACAUUUGUUGUAAUGAAACUAACACUGAUACAUGAUUAUCCAAAGUCCAUAGUUUACAUUAAGUUUGCAUUCAUUCUUUGUGUUGUACAUUCUUUGGAGUUUUGACAAAUAUAUCGUUACUGGCAUCCACAUAAUCCAGUAAAGUAUCAUACAUAAUAGUUUCACUGCCCUAAAAAUCCUUUCUGCUCUGCUGUUCGUUCCUUCCACCCUGCAAACCUUUGGCAACCACUUAUCUUUUAACUGUUUACAUAGUUUUGCCUGUUGUAGAACGUCAUUUAAUUGGAAUCAUACCCAUGUGUUUUUUCAAAAUUCUCAAUGUGGCAGAUAUAUCUCUGUACCCCACAAAAAGGAGGAGAGGAAGAUAUUAUAUUAAAUAAUCUCAUUUAUGUAUAGUGGCAUAUAAAUUUUUCUUUUAUUUUUUUUUAAUGUUUGUUUAUUUUUGAGAGAGGGAGGGAGGGACAGAGCAGGGGAGGGGCAGAGGAAGAGGGAGACACAAAAUCUGAAGCAGACUUCAGACUCUGAGCUGUUGGCACAGAGUCCGACCUAGUGCUCUAACCCACGAACUGCAAGAUCAUGACCUGAGCUGAAGUCUGAUGCUUAACCAACUGAGCUACCCAGGCGUCCCAUAUGGGUUUUUUUUUGUUUGUUUGUUUCUUUAAUUGAAGUUGUAGUUGAUACAAUGUUACAUUACAUUCAAAUAUACAACAUAGUGAUUCCACAACUCUAUACCUAUGCAAUACUCACCACAAGUGUAGCUACUAUAUGUCACCAUACGACAUUGUUACAGUACUGUUAACUAUAUUCCCUAGUGUCUUCUUUCCCUUCCUUCCAUCCCUGUGACUUAUUCCAUAACGGGAAUUCUGUAUCUCCCACUCCCCUUCAUCUCUUUUACCCAUCCUCCCACUCCUCCAUCCCCUCUGGGAAACCAUGUUUGUAUUUAUGGGUUGGUUUUGCUUUUUGUUUUGUUUUUUAGAUUCUACAUAUAAGUGAAAUCAUAGGGUAUUUGUCUUUGAGUUAUUUCACUUAGCAUAAUCUCUAGGUCCGUCCAUCUUGUUGCAAGUGGCAAGAUAUCUCUCUCUCUCUCUCUCUCUCUCUCUUUUUUUUUGGUUGGCUGAGUAACAUUCCACUGUGUAUAUAUACACCACGUCUUUAUCCAUUGGUUUAUUGUCUAUCAGUGGACACUUACUUAGCUUCCUUUUAUACCUUGGCUGUUGUAAACAAUGUUGCAGUGAACGUAGGGUUGCACAUAUCUUUUGGAAUGAGUGUUUUCAUUUUCUUUGGGUAAAUACCCAGUUGUGGAAUUACUGGAUCAUUAAAUGUUUAUUAUUUUUGAGAGAGAGAGAGACAGUACAAGCGGGGGAGGGGCAGAGAGAGAGGGAGACAUAGAAUCUGAAGCAGGCUCCAGGCUCUGAACUGUUAGCACAGAGCCUGAUGUGAGACUCAAACCCACAGACCACAAGAUCAUGACCUGAGCCAAAGUCAGAUGCUCAACUGACUGAGCCACCCAGGCGCCCCAAAAUGGUGUGAAAAUUUUAAAGAAAAUAUUAACAUAGAGUUUAAAAGGGUGAUACACCAUGACCAAGUGUGUGUAUUCCAAGAAGCAAUCAUUCAAUAUUAAGAAAUCUAUUAAUAUCUCACCAUACUUAAUAGGUCGAGAUAGAUAAACUUGACCAUUUUAAUAACUGCCAAAAAAGUCAUAAAAAUUCAACACACAUUUCAAGUUUUAGAAACAAGUAAAAUAGAUAUGAAUGGGUGGUAGGUACUUAGAUGUCAUUUUUUAAGAUAUCUCAAAACCAUACUGCAACACAGCUGGAGCUAAUAGAUUGCUGGUAGGAAUGCAUGAUGGUAUAGCCACUUUGGAAAACAGUUUGACAAUCUUCUGAAGUUAAACAUACUCUUAUCAUAUGACCCAGCAGUGUCGUUCCUAGUUUUUUUACCAAGAAAAAUGUCAAGAAAAAUGACAAUAUUUGUUCACACAAAAACCAUAUGUGAAUAUUUAUAGUAGCUUAUUCAUAAUUACCAAAAACUGCGAACAACCCAAAUGUCUAUCAGUUGGCAAAUAGAUCAAAUGUGGAAUACAGUGGAAUACAAUUCAGCAAUAAAAGGAAUGAAUUAUUGAUAGAUGCAACAAAAUUGAUGAAUCUCAAAUUAGUUAAUACUGACUGAAAGAAGCCACAUUCAAAAGGCUACAUACUGGGUGGUUCCAGUCAUUUUACAUUCUGGAAAAUGCAAAACUAUAAGGAUAGAAAAUAAAUCAUUGAGUGCCUUGGGUUGAGAAGGGAGUGGAUUUUCUAGAAAGAGACCUGACAGAACUUCUUGCAGUAAAGGAAAUGUUCUCUCUUUGUGUUUACUUAAAUGUUAAGUUUUACUGAAUGUAAAUUAUAAAUUAUACCUCAAUAAACCUGGCUUUUUAAAACAUGUUUAUUUUGAGAGGGAUAGAGGGGUAGAGAGCAUGCAUGCAUGUGUGAGAGCCAUCCAGGAGCAGAGAGGGAGGGAGGGAGAGAAUCCCAAACAGGCUCUGUGCUCUUAGUGCAGAUCCAAUGCAGGGCUAGAUCCCAUGAACCGUGAGAUCAUGACCUGAGCUGAAACCAAGAAUCAGAUGCUUAACCAGCUGAGCCAUCCUGGUAUCUUGUAAAUACAUAUUUAAUUCUUCCCCAAGAAGACAGUAUUGUAAAGAUGUUGAGUUUCUUUAACUUACAGUUAGAAUGUUAUCUGAAUAUCCAAUGACUUUUUUUAAAGAAAGAAAAGAUUGGACUAAGUUAAUUACUUUUUUGGCCUGGGAACUUCUUUACGUUCUUAUUGAGGACUCCAAAGAACUUUUGUUGAUGUUAUUGUUUUAUAUCUGUUAAUAUUUAUUAUAUUAGAAAUCAAAACAAAUCUUAUGUAAAGUGUUUUUUAAUGUUUACUUAUUUAUUUUGAGAGAGAGAGAGAGAGAGGAAGGGGCAGAGAGAGAGAAGAAGAGAAUCCCAAGCAGGCUCUGCGCCAUCAGCUCAUAGCUCCAUAUGGGGCCUGACCUCAUGAACCGUGAGAUCAUGACCCGAGUUGAAACCAAGAGUUGGAUGCUUAACUGACUAAGCCAAUCAGGUGCCCCGAAUGAAAUAUUUGGAACACAGAAAUACACAGUACACAUUCUAUUAAGCGUCAGAGUAAUGAUGUCAUCACGUCAUAAAGCUUCUGAAAAACUUAUGAGUGAAAGUGAAAAAUAGCAUAGGUAGUAUCUUAGUAAUAUUAUGAAAAUAGUUCUCAUGAAAAGCAUUUUUUCACAUAUGAUAUUGUCAAAUACGGAAAAGUUUGAACCAGUUUUGAGUUUAAUGAUGGUGGUGGGCAACUUCCUCAUACAUGCUGGUGUACAUUGGUUCAGCAUUUUAGAGAGUACUUUGAUUCUCAGAAUUUUAAAUGCACGUGCUUUAGACCUUUAGGUUACACUGUUUAGAAUUCAUUAAUGGAUAUAACUGAAUGUGUGCAAAUACAUGAAGGAGAAUAUUGGUUAAAGCAUUAUUUGUGAUAAGAAAUUUGUGAUAAGAGACAAACCUAAUUGUCGUUAAUGUUUAGUGUCUAGUUGUUGUAUAAAAAUUACUUUAUUAAAAAUAAUUUAUAGGCAUUGAAAUGGAAAGUUGUCCAGAGUUGAAGCAGAAGUGCAGAACUGAGUGUAUAAUUUCCCCAUCCAUGUACAAUAAAAACCAGAAGGAUAUGUGUAUACUUGUAUAACCAGUUUUUGAAAGGAUAUGCAGAGAACCUGAUGGUGGUUACCUUUAAGAGGAAGUACAUUUCCAUUUUUCUGUUUAUGCCCUUUCGUAGUGUUCAUUUUUUUAAAAAUGUGAGCUAUUUAUUUAUUUAAAAUUUAUUUAUUUUGAGAGAGAGAGAGAGAGCAUGUGUGCGUGCACAAGUUGGGGAGGGGCAGAGAGAGAGAAUCCCAAGCAGGCUCUGUGCUGGCAUUGCAGGAGCCUGCUUGUGCACUGCCAGCACAUAGCCUGAAGUGAGGCUUAAACUUACAAACUGUGAGAUCAUGACCUGAGCUGAAAUCAAGAGUCGGACACCCAACCAAUUGAGCUGCCCCAAGCCUUUUUAUAAUUUGAAAGGCACAAGUGCACUGUAAGGAUGAUAGAAAUUAUUAGUUUGAGUGUUGAAAUCAUUUGUGAGUUCUCAGAUUCCACCAUUUAACAGGAAAAGAAAGAAAAAACAGGUGCUGGCAUUUCUCAUGUCUGUUUACUUUUGCAGAGCAGUUGCUCUAAUCAAAUAGGACUUCUUGAUAUUCUUCAUCAGUUGUACUUUCUAACAUCUGUGCCUUUUUCUUUGUACUCUUCUCUGUUUUGUGUGUCUUUCUCUUUUAACUUCAACUGCUGAAAUCCUAUCUAUCCUUUACAGCCUAACUGAAACACCAUCUUCUCUAUGAAGCUAUCCCUCAUCACUUUAGUCAGAAGAGAUCUUUUUUUGAACCUUUGGAACUAUUUAUAGCCAUUUCUUCAUUACACAAAUAUCAGAUGUGAGCUAUAUAUGGGCCAGACAGCGGGAGUAUGCUUUCAUCUUUUUUCUCUUCACCUUAUAAGGUAAUAUCCCCAUUGUGCACAUAAGGAAACCGAGGCUCACAGAAGUUUAGUAUUUUUUCUACGUCGUCAUACUAAGAAGUAAAUUUGAAAAGAGAGCUUCAAGGCCAGCACUCUUCUCUGGACUUGCUUCUUAAGUCUCUUUAAUAAACAGAAAAAUCAUGACCACCCCAGGAAAAGAGAACUUUCGCCUGAAAAGUUACAAAAAUAAGUCCCUGAAUCCUGAUGAGAUGCGCAGGAGGAGGGAGGAAGAGGGACUGCAGUUACGCAAGCAGAAAAGAGAAGAGCAGUUAUUCAAGCGAAGAAAUGUUGCUACAGCAGAGGAAGAAACAGAAGAAGAAGUUAUGUCAGAUGGAGGCUUCCAUGAGGCUCAGAUUAAUAACAUGGAGAUGGCACCAGGUGGUGUAAUUACUUCUGACAUGAUUGAAAUGAUAUUUUCCAAUAGCCCAGAGCAACAGCUUUCAGCAACACAGAAAUUCAGAAAACUGCUUUCAAAAGAACCUAAUCCUCCUAUUGAUGAAGUCAUCAGCACACCGGGAGUAGUGGCCAGGUUUGUGGAGUUCCUCAAACGAAAAGAGAAUUGUACACUGCAGUUUGAAUCAGCUUGGGUACUGACAAAUAUUGCUUCAGGAAAUUCUCUUCAGACCCGGAUUGUGAUUCAGGCAGGAGCUGUGCCCAUCUUCAUAGAGUUGCUCAGCUCAGAGUUUGAAGAUGUCCAGGAGCAGGCAGUCUGGGCUCUUGGCAACAUUGCUGGAGAUAGUACCAUGUGCAGGGACUAUGUCUUAGACUGCAAUAUUCUCCCCCCUCUUUUGCAGUUAUUUUCAAAGCAAAACCGCCUGACCAUGACGCGGAAUGCAGUAUGGGCUUUGUCUAAUCUCUGUAGAGGGAAAAGUCCACCUCCAGAGUUUGCAAAGGUUUCCCCCUGCCUGAAUGUGCUUUCCUGGUUGCUAUUUGUCAGUGACACUGAUGUACUGGCUGAUGCCUGCUGGGCCCUCUCAUAUCUAUCUGAUGGACCCAAUGAUAAAAUUCAAGCUGUCAUUGAUGCAGGAGUCUGUAGGAGACUUGUGGAGUUGUUGAUGCAUAAUGAUUAUAAAGUGGUUUCUCCUGCUUUGCGGGCUGUGGGAAACAUUGUCACAGGCGAUGAUAUUCAGACCCAGGUAAUUUUGAAUUGCUCAGCUCUGCAGAGUUUAUUGCAUUUGCUGAGUAGCCCAAAGGAAUCUAUCAAAAAGGAAGCAUGUUGGACAAUAUCUAAUAUCACAGCUGGAAAUAGAGCACAGAUCCAGACUGUGAUAGAUGCCAACAUUUUCCCAGCCCUCAUUAGUAUAUUACAAACUGCUGAGUUUCGGACAAGGAAAGAAGCAGCUUGGGCCAUCACAAAUGCAACUUCUGGAGGAUCAGCUGAACAGAUCAAGUACCUCGUAGAACUCGGUUGUAUCAAACCACUUUGUGAUCUCCUCACAGUCAUGGACUCUAAGAUUGUACAGGUUGCCCUAAAUGGUUUGGAAAAUAUCCUGAGGCUUGGAGAACAAGAAGCCAAAAGGAAUGGCACUGGCAUUAACCCUUACUGUGCUUUGAUUGAAGAAGCCUAUGGUCUGGAUAAAAUUGAGUUCUUACAGAGUCAUGAAAACCAGGAGAUCUACCAGAAGGCCUUUGAUCUUAUUGAGCAUUACUUCGGGACCGAGGAUGAGGACAGCAGCAUUGCACCCCAGGUUGACCUUAGCCAGCAGCAGUACAUCUUCCAGCAGUGUGAGGCUCCUAUGGAAGGUUUCCAGCUUUGAAGCAAUACUCUGCUUUCAUGUUCCUGUGUCAGACCAGGCUACCCAGUCAAGUCCUCUUGUGGAGCCCACAGUCCUCAUGGAGCUAACUUCUCAAAUGUUUUCCAUAAUACUGUUUGCGCUCAUUUGCUUGCCUUGCGCACCUGCUCUCUUACACACAUCUGGAAAACCUCUGGCUCUCUGUGGUGGAAUACCCUUCUAAUAAAAAGGGUAACCAGAACGGCCCACUCUCUUAUGGAAAAUCCCUAGGCUUUGGAGAUCUGCACUUAAAUAUUAUAAGAGUCUGGGAACAUACACAUAUUAAUGUGGCUCCCUUUCUUUGUGGGGGAAAAAGAGGACUCCUCCUCAUUCCCUUUAAAGUGGGGAAAAACACUGAUAUUAAAAGAUGAGACUAAAUCUUUAUCUUGAAUUUCACACAACUACUUGCAACAAGGGAGAUGUUUAGACCUGUUGUGUACACUUCAGAGUACUUUUCAUGAGUUCUUCCACAGUGAACCCUUGGAUUACCUGGUGGCUUUUCUAGCCAAAUUUGCAUUAAUCCUUACUGAGACUGGAUGGUUUUCUUUCCUCUAUUGGCGCCAUUCUUCACAGAUAUUAAACCAUCCGCUCCCUCACCUUCAGCCUUCAGUGAAUGUGCUUUCUAGUUGUCAGGAAUGCUGAAGAAUUUAACACUUUGACUCUUAAAUGUGAUACUGGUUUGAAGAUUCCCUUAGAGCAGAAAGGAGAGGGCCACAUAUUAAUUUGUAUGGCUAUCGCUUCUCUUUGGACUUAAGUGUCUUAGGAUUUGGAAGUGGUUCAAUUCUAAUGCUGGUAUGAAGAUCUAGAAUCCUUAGUAAUCGAAACAAUAUCCUAUCAUUCAAUAAAAUAAAAAACAAAAAAAAAUCCCUCCAGUUUUCCCAAACUCAACCAGUGUGACUAGAGGCUGUGUUUCUGCAUUAAAACAAAUGUUUCAGGCUUUGUGGUCCUGAUGAAGGUCCUCAUUAAAUUGGAAGUUCACCUUAGGUGCUUUUCCUCUCUGUGACUGGCAGAUAACACAUAAUUUUUUUUUAAAGGUAACCUAGGGAAAUUUUUUUCUUAGGUGCAGCUUGAUUCUAACGUAUUCAUGCUGCAUUAUAUGAUACCUUUAAUGUAGCAUCCUUAUCUUAAAUAACCACCUUCUCAACAUGACUUGUUCAACACAAAUAAGGGCAGUGAUUUUUUUUUUUUAAUAACCUCAUUGUUCCCUAUUCAUUUCAUCUCCUACUAGUACUGCCCAGUCAAGUCCCCCCAUAAAAUAAAAAGUUUUUCUACCUUCUGGCUCAUUUAAUGAUAACUGCAAUGUACCUGCAACUGGCGCUUCCAGUACUGUCUUCAGUGAUCCACAUUUGUGCUUGGACUGGAAUGAAAAAAUAAGCUUAAUUGCCAAGAGAACUGCAACUGAGUUCAAUACGACUUCUUGGUGCUAGAUGGCCAUCUUGACUCAAUGUUUGGACACACUAUCAGGAGAAGAUUUUUUUGUUACGCUGUUCAAAAUGAAUUCUGAAGGAAAAGUCUCUCACUUCCGUUUCAGAGACUACCCUUUUAAACCUCUUUAAUCUUAUCCUCUUCUAGAAUUCAUUAUAACCCCAAAAUGUAACUAUCUGGAAGUUCCCCUGACAGGCUAUUCUACAUCUCUGGUAAAUCCUGCUGAACAUUAGGGAUAUUCAGAGCUUUCAUACCUCAUCAUGUUGUUAUUUAAGCAGCCAACUUAUGUGACCUGAUUUAAACUUUAAAAAAUCCACUUCAAAGUAGAAAGAUACAAAGACAAAAGGACAUUUAUCAGCCAAGCGUGUGACGCAUUCUUCACAUCUAGUCUGUAGUUGUGUCUGUGCUCUGGAUGGAUACCGUCUGAUGUCUGUUACUGAUGGAACAGCCACUGCAAAACUAGUCAAUUCCCAUCUAUAACUUACUUUUUCUAGUGCUGCUUUGUGCUGAAAGGACAUUUUAGUUUACUGCACUUGACCUGUAAAAGACUUUGAUUCUUUGUAAUUUUAGGGACAAAUUAGGUGGUUAAUUUAAAGAAAAACUUUCAAUUUUGCCUUUACAUCACAUUAAAAUAUAACUUCUUUCAGAAGGGUAAUAGAAGCACUGAUUCAUAGUAAAAAUCUUGUUUUUAGCUUUGACUUUUUUUGUGGCUGAGUUUUUUAAACUGUACAUCACUGGUAACAUGUCAUUUCUCUAGGAUGUUUUAAAUCAUAUACCUUCUGUUGGAUAAUUUAAAAAUUCUCAUUUUGAUAUUGGAUGGAAAAAAGAUAAAGCACACAAAAUUGUUUCCCCAGAUUAGUAAGAACAGCAUCCAUUGGGAGUUUUUGCCAUUGCAGGUGUCUUCAGUGAAUGAAUUAAAGUCCAUUUAACUAC